CCCUUCUUUUCAGAGCAAUUCCUCUCUUCUUCCUCUCUCCGACCAAUUUGCAAGUGAUUCAUAUACGACCCAGAAAUUAAGCUUGAGCUACUUGACUUGGCGACAUCAUCAAUUUUGGAGCUCAAAUGGUUCUCAACUCUGCGUCAAAAUUGGAGUGUUGUGUAAAUGCAAGCAGCUUUUGGGUUUGGUUUAGCAACGUUUGAAGUCCAAGCAAGCACAGUUUUAGAUUUUUUCAAAGCAAUUCAGGAAUCUGCAAGAGAGGCAAGUAUGAGUCUUUUGUACAGUCCAACUUUCAAAUAUUCAGAUGGGGAGCUGAGAAGGAACCACCCCAUGGACUCGAAUAUUUACCAACAACAACUUCAUGAGCAGCAACAUCACCAGGAUAAUUCUGUCCUAACGCGCUAUCGCUCUCCUCCGAGCGCAUUGCUCAACAGCCUUGUUGAUGGCAGCAAUGGCAGUGAUGGUGUUGGAUGUAAGAACUAUAGGUAUCUUCGACCAUCGAGUCCCGAGGUGGAGACCAUGUUAGCAAGGUUCAUGUCUUCGUGCAAUGGCUCGGCCGAUUCCGCCUCUCAGAUGGUUUACCAAGCUGAUCAACAAGUUCAAGCUUUUCAAAAUCAUAAUUCACUGGCUGCGGGGACUAAUUUGGAUGGCUCCUUUACCGGUGUGAACUCUGUUGGAUUAGAUAAUUCGAUGAAAUCCAAACUGGGUGCAGGAAAUCGAUCCCUUCUUGUUAGGCAAAGUAGCUCUCCAGGUUUUGGUGUGAUGAGGAAUGAUCAUUUAAGCUUCUCAAACGGGCAAUCUUCAUGCUCAACACGUUUGCCUCAGGUUGCUGAAAUUGGGAAUGAAAUAAUAAAGAGUCAAGAGGAUCAAAUCUUGGCAAAUGAUGGUGAUAGCAAUCAGCACUACAUUCGCAACUUCACAACCGAUACUUGGAAUGGAUCCAGAUUCAAUAGCCUAAGCAGAGCCAGAGACGAUGAGGUUAAUGUGUUUUCAUCUUCCAAUGCAUCAGAUAUUCAGAACCCAGGCUCCGGAAACAGACCCCAUGGUUUGACUCAUCAUUUGAGUUUGCCCAGGACUUCCACUGAGAUGGCCGCUAUAGAGAAGUUCUUGCAAUUUCAAGGUUCUGUGCCUUGUAAAAUUCGAGCCAAAAGAGGCUGCGCCACUCACCCUCGAAGCAUUGCAGAGAGGGUGAGAAGAACACGUAUUAGUGAAAGGAUGAGGAAACUACAAGAGCUUUUCCCAAAUAUGGACAAGCAAACCAACACAGCAGAUAUGUUAGAAUUGGCGGUGGAGUACAUCAAAGACCUACAGAAACUGGUCCAGACGCUCACGGAUACUAAGGCGAAGUGCAUGUGUUCAAGAAAACAGAAGCAGUAUUCGAAUCAUUCUGCCUGAUUUGUUUAACUCUCUGUACAGAUAGGAUUAGGAAGAUGGCCUGCAAGUAACACAAAACAUGUGACACAGUGACUCUCUCUUUCCCAGUUUAUGCAGUAUAAUAAAAUGGUAUUAGAUUGUUGGUUUUGUAAAACCACAUUUAAAUCAUAGGAAAAGAAAAGAAAAAUCCAUUUCUUUUCUUUUCCAGAAGAUAGAUAGUAGAGCAAACGUUUCAGAUCAUUAUACUUGUAAUGCCAUUUACGGUUUUCAAUUGAGAAAUACCACAAAAUUAAGAGGCGAUCUUACCCUUUUG